AUGGGGGGUUGGUCCUUGGUGGUGGGUGCCCCUUGGUCUUCCUGGGCCGAACAGCGGCUGGUUGAGUGCUUCAAACCACUUAGAGGUCAGUACGGCCUCGCCGCGGACAACGUGCGGAACGUCGAAAUGGUCCUCGCCAAUAGCAGCAUCGUCGAGGCGAAUGCACAAGUAAACCCGGACCCAUUGAGGGCCCCCGAGGGCGGCGGCGCAAACUCCGGUGUCGUGACGAUAUUCGACCUGUCCACCAUCCCCGUUCACGCCGUAUAUGGCGGGAUCCGGGUGUAUUCGGCCGCCGAGGCCGAGUCAUUCAUGCGCGCUCUGGCCGGCUGGCAGCUACGCGCCGGGGUCUUUAAUGUACGAGCCACAGUGGCGGCACUCAACUCGAUAGGCGGCACGGCGGCGGGCUUGCUCUACUCCGAGCCCGCUGCGGCCCGGGGGGCUGCUUUCACGGCAAUUGCCGACAUCCCCGUACGUCAGACGGCGAUGCCGCCGACCAACCUCUCGGUCCUGGCGGUGAUGCAGGCCAGGGAUGCGGCGAGCGCCGAGUCCGAGCGUCGCGACUAUCGCUCCGUUACCACCCAAAUGGACGCGGACUUGUACGCCGACAUGUUCAGGUUCUGGGCCGAGCGCGCCGAAGCCGUUUACAACCGGACAGGCGCGAACCAGACGCUCGUGAUGCAGCCCGUCACCGCGAUUGCGAUUCAGAUCACGGCGGCGACGCCCUGGGCUUACAUCCGUCGGACAUGGCCUGGUGGUGGGCUACUCUCAUCGACUGUGGAGGGGCGCUGCCAGCGAUGA